AUGCUUGUAGCGAAUCAGCACGAUCGGCGUGCCUUGGAAGUUGAUCCAGCAUUUGGUGGUAGAAGUGACCAAGCAGCACAGCCGACCCACUCCAAAGUUCGUGGCAAAAAUGCUCCUCAAUAUCUCGAUAAAGCGACUGUGCUCUCGAAAAAAUACCGCCUAGAAAAGAUGAUUGGUGGUGGGGGAUUUGGUCAAAUCUACAGGGCCACCGACAUCGAUAUGGGCACGGUAGUGGCUGUAAAAGUGGAACCACAAUCCGAGGACGCUGGACGAAUGGUGCUAGAACAGAUGGUGCUUACGAAGCUGGUUGGAACGCGACAUUCACCAAGAUUAUACGCUUCUGGAUCGAUAAACAACUACAAUUUCAUAGUGAUGCAAAUGUUAGGCAGAAACCUUACGGAGCUUCGAAAAGCACAAACAGAGAGGCGCUUUUCAGUGCAUACGACGGUUCGCGUGGGUGUGCAAAUGGUGGAGGCUCUAAAAGCUGUACACGACCUUGGCUAUCUUCACAGGGAUGUAAAGCCAUCAAAUAUGUGUGUUGGGAUCGGCGAACACCGAAGAAUCAUCUACCUUGUUGACUUUGGGAUGACCCGUCAAUAUCGUUUGCCAAACGGAGAAUUCCGUAAAGAACGUGUAUACGCUGCCUUCAGAGGCACAAUGCGUUACGUGUCGCUAGCAGUGCAUGAACGAAAGGAACAGGGCCCUGUGGAUGAUCUAUGGAGCGUCUACUACACACUUAUUGAACUGGCCGAGGGAGGUCUACCUUGGCGAACAAUCACCGAUCACGACGAAAUUUUCCAGUUGAAACGACGUCUAACCUACUUCGACUUGUGCAGAUAUCUUCCUCGUCAUUUCGAGAUGUUCUCAAUACUGCUUCGUGAUCUCAGCUACACUUCAAUUCCUGACUACUUACGGCUUAUUGCAUCACUUAAGCGAUGCUGUAAACUGGUCGACGACGAAGCUGAUUUUGAAUGGGACGAUCAAACUUCAAUGCAAUCUCACUAA